GACGCUCAAGCAAAGGACUGGGGAAUCAGAAAAAAAUAGAAAAAAGGAGAGGCAGUGAAAAAACGAAGAUAUCUAUCUAUAUCUACACAGAGAGAGAGACUCAAGAGAGGUAUAAACAGAGGAGGUAACAGGCCUAGAGGUAAGCAACAGGAAGGGAGAAAGGCUGGCCCAGCUUUAGCGACGCGGGGACACAGACCCCACGCCCAGGGUGUGCGCUGUUCGGUAUGGAAGUAGAAGGAAGGAGCGAGCGGGGCAAGCGAAGGAAGGGGCGAGUCUGCAGCAGCGUCUGGCAGAGUCUCCAGAGCUGCCCGGCCACUGGGACUCAGGCCUCCACGGUGGACAUGAGCACUCAGCCCUGCAGGAACCUUUCUGGUGCAGCGGUGGGGACACCAAGGCUUUCCCCGCACGGAGAACGGAGAGGCCACCCGCACUCCCGGCGCCGCCACCGCACCACCUUCAGCCCAGCGCAGCUGGACCAGCUGGAGUCAGCCUUUGGGAGAAACCAGUACCCUGACAUUUGGGCCCGAGAGGGCCUUGCCCGGGACACCGGCCUCAGCGAGGCCAGAAUCCAGGUCUGGUUCCAGAACCGCAGAGCUAAGCAGAGGAAGCAAGAACGGUCACUGCUCCAGCCACUGGCCCACCUUCUGUCUCCUGCCACCUUCUCUGGUUUCUUGCCCGAGUCCCCUGCUUGCCCCUACUCCUACUCAACACCAUCUCCACCGGGCACCUGCUUUCCUCACCCCUACAAUUAUGCUCUUCCCUCUCAGCCCUCUACAGGUGGUUCCUUUGCUCGACCCCACCAGUCUGAAGACUGGUACCCCACCUUGCACCCAAACCCCGCUGGUCAUCUGCCCUGUUCCCCGCCCCCACCCAUGCUUCCUCUCAGCCUUGAGCCACCGAAGUCCUGGAACUAAGGUCAAACAAGUGCUGAUAAGAUAAUUGCCUAGCCCGUGGCCUUCAGGAAACACAGAGAAAACUAGGCAGUUUCCUUUCCUUCUAAGAGUAAAGUAGAAAUGUGGUGAGGGGCAGCUCAGAGAUUAGAAAUUUAAAAAUGGGAGAUCAUGAUAAAGGCUCAAAGAGGUAACUGAGAGAAUUUAGGGAGGUGAACCGACUGGAAGAUACACAAAACCCUCAGUAGAGGUGACCAGAGGAAGGGUAGUUUUGAUGGUAGCAAUGGUUGCUGCUGGUGUAUAAAAAGGGUUGAAAGAGAAAGAACUUGUGGGGGCUUCGUUCAUUGAGACCACGAUUUAAGAUCUUCAUCCCAGCUGUUGCUGGCUG